CCUGGCUUCAGUUUUAUAACUGAUCCGUAUCUCUUUGGAGUCUUAUUGUCUUUACAGUCAGCUUCCGCCAUUUUUAUACAAGAUCUAUGAAGAUAGCUUAACACACCGCUGACCAAAGCUUGCUCUACCACAGGGUUUCUUUCUUUAGGCCUAUUCGUCUCGAGACUCGGGGUAAUGGAAGCAAGGGCAUUUGUUGGCCCUGUCGUACGUAGCGCGAUGGAUGUUCCCGCUAAAUUUUUGGUAGAAGUUCGAAACCCUUUCUCUGUGAAGAUGAUCGAGGAUCGUUCUUUCCAAAGAGGAAAAUUAUCAUUUCUUUUCGACAGUACAGUACCUUGCUAUGUGACAACAUACUGGGGUGUCUCUGUCUUGAGUAUUGAAAAUGCAGUAGCCAAAGAACAAAGUACUACUCAGAAUUCUGACAGGGGUGAUGAUGAUGAUGAUGAUUAUGAUGAUGAUGAAAAUAACCUUGAUGCAGAUGAAGAGGAAUUCACCCAAAUAAUUCCAUUCGAAAGAAUCUUAUCAGGAUCAUAUGAAAGCAAAGGUCCAAUGGAAUACUAUAACCCAGGAAAAGAAUACGUAGCAGACGUACAAAUACUGUCAGAGUUUGAAUCACAGUUAGCGGCAUCAUCAACCCAGCAAGGAAACCAAACUUUUCCACUGGUAUUCGUUAUUGAGAGGUCAAGAAAUUUGAGUCAUGAGGAAAAGAAGAAAGUGAAAUCUUGCGACAUUGUUGCACUUAUUACCACAUUAUGCUGCUCCAAAUCAAGUCCAGAUAAUAAAACAUUUAGUAUUGCUUCACAGUACGUACAAACAGCUAAUGGAAACAUCUUUCCUUUGAAGAAACUCUUUGUCUCAGACAGCCAGUCAAGUCAGAGUGAUGCAACGUCCUCCAAUAAUGGAAUGGAUUCUUCACUAGCUUCUGAUACAUCACUCACCAGUGCUACUUGUGUUAUCUGUCAUAGCAUGGCCGUCAGUAGGGUGUUACUACCCUGUCGACAUGCCUGUGUUUGUGGAUUAUGCUUUAGUAAACUUGAGGCCAAGUGUCCAAUGUGUCGUCAAUGGAUACAAUCAUAUUUUGUUACAUUAGAGGAGCCUGAAUUGACAAGUACUGAGCUUGCAACUAGCAGAGAGCUCAAUCAAAUGUCGACAAGAGAGAUACUAGGGGGAAUAUUCAGAGCUAGUUAGCGUCUAACUGGAACUAAGUCUAAUAUAAUAGUUUUGGAUUAAACCAUAUUCUUUUUAACCAUAUUGAAAAUCAUAUUACCAUUUUUUUUCAAAUGGCAACACAAAAUUCCAUAAGCUGGAAUUUUCUUAAGAUAUUAGUUAGACAUUGAGCAUCUCUAAAAUUAUUUAUUAAUAAAUAGUUCUAAUAGAUAUUACAUCAUUCAAUCUCGAUUGUUACAAACCUCUGGACUUGCAUCCUUUCAAAAGGUGCAGCAAAACCAUAGGUAAGCCCAUGCUUUUUGCUCCAAAUUGGCCAAAAAUGACCUAUUUUGCAUUGUUCAUAAAUAAUGC